AGGGUGAAGCUGGACUGCGGCCCACAAUGAAACGCCGAGACUACAGGCUUCCGUUGCUUGUGAAGUACUACAAGCCGAAAGGCUUGGUCACGAGCAUGCGCCAUCUCAACAAGAAAAAGGGGAUGGAGGACCUGCGGUCCGUGGUCUCCUUUGCUGGCGAUGAGUUCGAACUGGAUUUGUACCAUCCCAUUGGCCAACUUGCUGCUGAUGCGAGCGGACUCUUUUUGUGGAGCCGAAGUGGCCUCAUCACCCGGCAGCUGGAAGAUGUACGACGAGGGGUGGUUACGGUGAUGGAGGUGGAGGUUUGGGGUACUGUGAAUACCCCUGUGCUCCAGGAGGCACUUGCUCGUGGUGUUACCUUGGGCGUGACUGGCUUUGAGAAGACCUACUCAGCCCGUGUGCAGGAGGCCUACCUGGUGCCAGACUCUCCACUUCAAGAGCUACGAAGCCGUGUCAUAGUUUGCUGCGUCGAUGGCAGGGCAAAGAUUCCUGCAAUGCUUGAGAGAUGUGGCUACAAGGUGGCAGCUGUCAAGCGUGUGCAGGUGGGAGGCUUCUCCUUGGGCGACAUGCGGGAGGGCCAAUUGAAAGCCGCCAGCCCUCAGGAGGAGGCUUGGGCAUGUCAGCUCGCAGGUUUGCCUGCAUCUGAGUAUCCAGAAGGCUUUCUCCCAGAAGGAACGCCUCGUAGACAACGUCGGCGCAAGCGAUGAACCGAUGAAAA